UACAUUUAGCGUUUUGCAUUCUACGUCGAGACUGCGAGAAAAAAUAUUAUUUGUGCUACGGAAAUCUUAUAAAAUCAAACUGUGCAAAGCCGAUAAAUAAUUUAAAGCGUGCAAAUAAACGUUUUCAGGAAAACUUUCAAUCAACUCAUGUCUAUAUACGUGAACGUUUAUUAAAUUGAUUAUCAGCGCUCAAUCAGCCAUUAAAAAAGUAAUAAAACCAACAAAAGGACAACUUUAAUUUGCAAACGAAGGUUCAACCUACGCACACACACAAUUCAAUUGUGGCCAAAGUCUAAGGCAAACGGAAAACAAGAUAAUACUCAUAUAACGUAGAUAUCUUCUGAAAGUCAAAUACACAUCGAUCGAUCAUCUCAAAAUGGUGCAGACUGGAAUAUCGCUGAAUGAGCGUUUCACUCAAAUGCAAUCUCGCCAGCAACAGCCGUCGGCUGGUGGGCAACGGGGACGUGUCAGUCGCAGUCGUUCACGCAGCCGCAGUCGCCGGAUUGUGGAUUCAGCGUCGGCGGCCAAUUCGCGGCUGCUGCAGGAGUUUAAACGGAAGCAUACUGUCCAGACGGCCCUCAAACUGAAGCGCAGAAGCUUGCGGACAACUGCUGGCGGCAACAAAGCGCUCCGGGUGGGGCCCAACGGAAGACCCGUGCGCUCAAGCAACGGCACUCGCCUGGCAACCAUGCGCGCAGAUCUGAUUGCCAACAAUGGACGCGCGCGCCGUAGCAGCAGCAUUAGUGCCCGACGCCCUAAUUCCGCGGCAGGAGGACUCCACCAGCGCCUGGGCCUGCGCCGACCCACUGUCGGUGGCGCAGCAGAGCGUGUGGCCCAACGUCGGCGCGGUUUAUCGCGACAGCAGCCGCAGCCACAAUUACAACAGCAGCGUGCCCGUUCACGUAGUCGUGGCCGCGCUCGUUCGCAAAGUCGCGGAGGCGAUCAGAGUCGGGGUCGUUCCCAAAGUGUCGGCCGAUCUCAGAGCCGUGGACGCCGCAGUCAACAACCGACUAUUGGUGGCAGAACCAAUGGCAGAGUCGGUGGCAGAGUCGGUGGCGGUAGCGGUGGCAGCGGACGUGCUCCGGGUCGUGUUUCAGUGAAGCAACGCCUGGGUGUGCGUGCGGGCGUGGCAGCAGCGGCUGGAGGAAAAGGAGCAGGCAGUAAACGGCGGAGCAAUCGUCGGGGCAAUAGCCAAAUGCGCGGCGUCGCCGCUGGACGCAUUGAGAAGCGUCGCAAUUCGAACGCUGCACAGAAGACAGUGGCAACUGCAGCUGGACGCGGACGCAAAGGACGUGCACGUGGCAGAUCUGCUGUGCGUGCUGCUGCUAUUGCUACUACUGCUGCUACUGCUGCCACGCAUCGCUCGCGCUCACGCUCAAGAUCUCGGGCACGACAGGGUAAUGCUGCUGCUGGCACUGCUGCUCCAUCAAAUGGACGACAAAAAGGUGCAGGCGUUGUUGGCGCUCGUCGCCGUGGACGCAGCUUACAGCGCACAGGGGGCAAAAUUGCCAAGGGCAUCAAUAAAAAUGGUAACAAGAAGAAGAAGAACCAGAUCACGGAAGGUGGCAAGGCAAAUCAACAACAGCAGGGUCGUCGCGGACGUAGUCGUGGUCGUGGUGGUCGCACGGUUGCAGGUAAGCCGCAACGUAAGGAAGUCAAGCGGGAGGAUUUGGACAAGGAGCUGGAUCAGUACAUGUCAACCACAAAAUCAGAAAUGGACUUUUUGCUCAAAUAAAGCGCAUAACACGGCGAUCAAGGAGUGUUACCACCGCAAGGCAAUUUUUACUAAUUCUUAAGUUAUGUCUUUAAUACUAAUUAGCUAUAAGCGUCACAUACAACAAUUGACACCGGAUAAAAUGUUGUAUUUAUGCUCUUUAGCUCAUGCUAACGAGGCACUCUGUAAAUAGCUUAACGUAUAAGUAAAUUACUCUGUUUGCAUAAUUACAAUCGAAAUGUUUGUAUUAUGUGCAGCUAAAUACAAUU